CGCACUCACAUCUUCAAUGCACUGUUUUGAUAAAAUUCAUCAAGAGAUCAGCAGCAGUUCCCAUGGAUGUAAUUGACCCGCGCACACUCACUACACUCCCGAUCCUACUUUUUCUUUUUGGCCUCGCCACAUGUGCUGUAGCUAAUUCGUCGCUCGAUCUUCGGAAGAAUACUGUUUUUCAGACUCAGAGCAAGAUGCUAUCAAAGUAAAAAAACGUAAGAGCAGAGUAGUUACAUCGUGUCCAGCAAAGAUAAACAUAACUCCCUGGAUAGACGACAAGGAACUACCGAUAUCUUCGAAGUUGCUUUCGUACAAAUUUACUCAGAAAUUGUGGUCUCAUUUUCUUUACUAAAGACUACAUUUUUCUCCCGAGUGGAGUUGAAAGGAAUCUCUACAGAAAAAUGUUUCGUUUCACGGAGUCCCGGCUGCAGGAAAAGGCCGAUGCGGUGUUCGCCAAUGUGGGGACGGGCACGAUUUCCACGGCUUCCAAGGAACACCAGGAGCUCCCCGUGGUCGCGCGAAAGGACAAACUGGACGGGGUGACCCUAGACGAAAAGGUGGAGGACCGCGCGAGUAAGGAGCUGUUUGGCUGCAGCACGGAGCAGAUGCUGAACGAACUCGAGCGGGACUGGCAGGUGGACGGCGUGGCUAUGCGCAGACCUUUCCAGGCAGGAGGAGGAGCAUCUUCCGCAUCUUCUGCGUCCACCAGCGCACGAAGCACGGCCAGCAGCAGUUCGGGUGUGGUAUCAUCAUCAUCGAUGGGCGGUGCAGGAGGUGCAAGAACUGCCGGUGUCACGACCGGGUCGUCCGGCGGUAGAAACACGAUUAUGGGGACAAACAUGACCAGCGACCAAAAUUUCUUUCUUCGCGCCGCGGGCCUGUUGCAACAAAACCAAGGUCAGCAACAUGUAGUACCGAGUAAUACUUCUACUUCUCGCGCCGGUUCAUCACAGCAAAUGACGGCCGCUUGGACUUUGGGAGGUGGUAGACCUACUACAACCAAUGGAGCUCCUCCUUCUGCAGCAACCGCAAUUACAGAUCUUCCCCCCGCGCCGGCCUCAUCCUCAAGCAACACUAAUAAGCGCACUGCAAAUCACAGCAUGAACCAGAGCCUCCAAAGUAAUAGCCUCCUUACUGUGAAUCCCGCAAGACAGCCCAGCAACGCGAACGAUCAGUUUUACUACGACGACAUCAACUCUACCGCGGCAAACGACCCCGGUAUCUCCCCCGAACAGCGCACGAUGAUCCGGCAGGUGAGUGCCAUGAUGCGCAUGACGGAUGACGCGGCCAAUAACAGCAGCAACAGCGACAGGGACUCGCUCUUGUCCGAUGAUUCGUCCGCCCCCGGUUCCUCCGAUGAGGGGCAUAAAGACAACAGAAGCGGGCUGCGUGGGGACGACCAACGUGGCGACAAUGAUCUGGAGUUGUGCAACACAAAAGAUCCGGUGAAGGAGUCGGAGUUGCAAAAGGUGACUAUCUCCUCCAGUUCGCUUGCAGAUUUGGAAAAACGUGUGCAGGAAAAUUUUGAUAGUCAAAUGAAAAUCAGCGCUGACAAAACGAGUGCUGGAGGAGUGUCAGACCUCCAUCCUGAGGUCAUGUCAAGUAGAACAGACGAUGGAAAAAAGUGCGUGAACUACACGAAGUUCGGGCACUGCACCUACGGCAAUACGUGCAAGUUCCAGCACGAUCACGUCUCAGAGGAGCACGCGGAGCAACUCCGGAAAAAGUGGCGCCCCGACACGCUGGCCGGAACCUCGCUGUCGACCAGUGCGGAGAACCGGCUGGCGGCGCAAAAUUUGCUCGCGCGCCUCUCCAACGAACACGCUUUGGCGGGCGAGCAGGCCAGGGCGACUUCCGAGGUCAUGGCCGGUGCCAAACCGACGUUUAAUAUUCGACGCGGUGUGGGAAAGGAUAAGGAGAAGGAAAGUAAGCAGAUAAGAAGUGGCGGAGUAACUGCUGCAAAUACAGCCGUCAGUUGUACUACUAGCAUGGAGGUCGACGAGGGGAGUAGUUCCGCACCAGCUCCUGCUGUGAAAACAUCAAAACCACUAGUAGCGACAUCCCUUGUUCUAAACGAGGAGGACGAUGAGGACGAGGAUGCUGACGCAAUGAACGUCGACUCCGAUAAUUCUGGAACAAGUAGACUGGGAAUCAAACCCAAACCCGCGGCGGCUUCUUCAGGGACAGCGGGCAGCACCACUACCAACAAGACCACAUCGUUCAAAAAGCGAGGGCACACGGGAGUUGUUGCGCGAAAGGUGAGAAAGAGGUCACACGAGGAGGAAGACGACGACCCGAUGAAUGACAGCGACGAUUUGUAG